AUGGCAACAUCAACCCCAACCUCCCACCCUCUCUCCGAGAAAACAUCUCACCUCGAAGCCCAAACCCCCGUCGCCCCAGCAGAAGCAAAAGCAGCCCAGAUCCCCCUCAAAGAAUUCACCAUCCCGACGUUCCCCCCCGAGGCCUUCACAGCCGGCCUCACAACCCUGAUCCUAACCAGCGACAUCAAGAUGAACGAGUACCAACAACUCCUCGCCCUCCCGCACUCCGUGCCCAAACUCCCGGACUCCAUCACGAAUCUGACGCUCGAACUCUUCAGUCUUGGAUACCCCCCGGGAUUCUUGACGGAUCUGGGGAACGCCUUGCCGGGGAUCAAGAAUCUGACAAUCUACAGCCAACUCUUCGCCGGCACGACGGCGGCGUCUAAGACGGACGCGUUGGCGUUUCUUCAAGGUUUGAAAGCGCUCAAGGAGAUUCAUUUCCUCGACGUCUUCACGCCGCCCGGCGUGCUAGCCGAGAUCGGCGCCGCGCUGUCUUCAGAAACGGUGUUCACGGAGAUCUCGUACACGUACCGCCAUUCUGACCCUGAGUUUGCUAAGGGGCUGGCGGUGGGUGAUAUGAGCGCGUUUGUGAGGGAUGGCGGGAAGGCGCUGAGAUUGGCGAUGCAGGCGCCGGAUGUGAGUGCGGCGGAUGAGGAGGAUCGGGAGGGGACUGAGGUUGGGAUUUUCCCGGUGCAGAAUGCGGGGGCGAUGGGGGGCGUGGUGGAUAGACUUGUGGAGUGUGGAGGGGGGUUGGUGUUGUUGGAUGUUACGGUUUUGGAGGUGGGUGUUAAGGAUGUGUUGGUGCUUUUGGAGGCUUGUCCGAAAUUGAAGGUGUUGGCGCUUUCGGUUAGUCUGGAGAAGGGGUGGGAGGAGGUGAUGAACGAGGUUAAGGGUCGACUGGGGGCCGUGGAGAGUUUGGAGCUGGUGGGUGUGCCGUCUAGUGAGGCGGUCGAGACGCUGAAGUCCCAGGAUGAGUUUUUGAGUGCCGGUGUGCUGGGCGAGUUGGGUGGUGAGGUGAAGGCUGUUACCGUUAGUGUGUUGCGAACCAGAUCUGAGAGUUGGAGUCUGGAAUCGGGGAAGUGGACUAAGGUGUAG